AUGGAAAAACCGGAGGGUGGAAGGAUAGAUGGAAAAUUGUUUUGGCAAUCGGCUAAAGAAAAUGGCCACCGCAUUUCCUGCGGUCAAAGCGGCGGCUCUCCCAAUCGCCGGGCACCGGGCGAGUUAUGUAUUCCCGUGACGCCGAUUAUGGCGGGAAGAAUCGCCGCCAUUAGCGAAAUCGAACGCGCGCGUCCUAUGGGGCUGUCAUCGGCACAUCGAUAUGGGCAUUACGCGAUGUCGACGGAGUACGGACGCGGCGCCGUCGACGCAGCGACGCCCGCCAUACAUACCGGCCGCUGUGUCGCGCGC